CUUAAGAUUAAAAUGAUGGCAUUUGCAUUAAUUGAACCAAAUCAUCCGCAAUUCUAGGUCACUUACGAUAAAUGAAACCUUUCCUUGUUCUCCACACCUUUAGUAACAAAGAUGAGCCCACUGUUAUGGUUACCUUGAAACCGAAAUCCUUGCUCCCGAAAUCAGAUCCAUCUCGAUUAUUAUCUAUAAAAGCUCGCGAUUUAUUGUAUGCUCAUCACAAAAAUCAGUGCUUGGAAGACAAACGCAUCAUGAAACUGGCGUUAGCUUUGAUGUUUGUGGUUAGUGCGGCGGUGGCCGACCGUUUGGAGAACGUGUAUUUGCCCCCUGUUAGCGCGAAAACCGCCAGUGGUGGAGGGCUUUUAACUCCUCCAGAUUUCAGCAGUCGGUCGUCUUACGUCCCACCCGCGUCUGGACCGCUUCCAUCGCAACUUUAUAACGCACCAUCUGCCAGGACUUAUUCAGGGGGUGCACCUGUUGCUAUACUUCGAUUCGACAAUGACAACUCAGGGGAUGGAAACUACCGAUUCGAAUACGAAACGGAAAACCACAUCAGUCAACAGGAAAUCGGCCAAUUGAAAAACUUGGGGAACGAGGAAGCCAAUGUCGUACAAGGCACUUAUUCGUACACGGGCCCCGACGGAGUUACUUACACUGUUAGCUAUAUUGCGGACGAGAACGGGUUUAGGGCCACCGGCGAUCAUCUUCCCACGCCGCCUCCAGUACCUGCCGCCAUCCAGAGGUCUCUGGAGGCUAACUCCAGAGCAGAAUACUCCAAUUCGGAGCCUAGCAGGAAAUACCUGGCACCGAGUUCCUUCCAGCGAAGUGGCGGAUACCACUACUAAUAAAUGAAAUAAACCGGUGCUUCCCAAUAAAUUUUUCAAGACA